CCCUUGCGUCGUGCGUAGCGUAACAUUCCAUUGAGAAGAAGAGGGGAAAGAUGGCGUCCUCUAACAAUCCGCGCAAAUUUAGCGAAAAAAUUGCUUUGCAUAAUCAGAAGCAGGCGGAGGAGACCGCCGCGUUUGAAGAAGUGAUGAAGGACCUGAACAUCACCAGAGCCGCUCGGUUGCAGUUACAGAAGACCCAGUAUUUGCAACUAGGGCAGAAUCGUGGACAGUACUAUGGAGGCUCACUACCCAAUGUCAAUCAGAUUGGGAAUGGCAACAUUGACCUGCCUUUUCAGAACUCUGUGCUGGACACCAGUCGGACAAGCAGGCACCAUGGACUUGUGGACCGCGUUUACCGCGAUCGAAACCGCAUCACAUCACCUCAUCGUCGCCCACUGUCGGUUGACAAACACGGUCGCCAAAUUGACAGCUGCCCUUACAGCUCGGUUUACCUCUCCCCACCGCCGGACACCAGCUGGAGAAGGACAAAUUCAGAUUCUGCCUUACACCAGAGCGCCAUGAAUCCGAAGCCCCAGGAGGUGUUUUCAGGGGGAUCGCAGGAGCUCCAGCCUAAACGAGUGCUGCUGCUUACGGUGCCUGGGACAGAAAAUUCAGAGUCAAAUGCAGACAACGAUGCACAGAAACAGCUGUGGAAUGACAAGAAGGAUGAUGCAUCCCAGCCUAAUACAUGUGAUGUCCCAGGAAUCAAUAUAUUCCCAUCACCAGACCAGGAGUUAAGCCCUUCUGUGGUCCCAGCUGCACACAACACUGGGGGUUCCCUGCCGGAUCUCACUAACAUCCAGUUCCCUCCUCCGCUCUCCACCCCUCUUGACCCUGAGGACACCAUGUCCUUCCCCUCGGUCAGCUCAGGCAACAGCACGGGCAGCCUGACCACCAACCUCACCCAUCUGGGCAUCAGUGCUGCAAGUCAUGGCAUCACCACACCCUCUCAGCCUUCCAUGACGGUGACGGCCCAGCGCAGGCAGCUACCUGUGGUGCCACUCACUCUCACCUCUGACCUCCACCUCCAACAGUCUCCACAGCAGCUCUCACCCACGGUCUCUUCACCUGUUAAUAUUGCACAGGCUUUGCAAACGGAGACAUUAACUCUGGAACAACAGCUUUCCCAAUACCCCCUGUUCAACCAGCUGACACCUGAGGCCCAGGUUCAGCUACUCAGUGACCUCCAGAAACAGACGGUCCUUCCACAGGGCAUCCAGCUCAUCGCUUUGCCAACUCCAGCCUCGUCUGGGACAGCCACUGCAAACAGCCCCUCCCCAGACAGCCAGACCACCGCCAGCAUGAGCAUCGGCUCGCACAUUCCUGUGGUGGGCAGUAUAUUUGGCGACUCCUUCUAUGAUCAGCAGCUGGCAUUGAGGCAGACCAAUGCACUCUCUCACCAGCUCGAGCAGUUCAACAUGAUUGAAAGUCCCAUCAGCUCAUCCAGCCUUUUCAGCCAAUGCUCCACCCUCAACUACACACAAGCAGCCAUGAUGGGCCUCACUGGGAGCAGCCUACAGGACUCCCAGCAGCUCAACUAUAGUAGCCAUGGCAACAUCCCCAACAUCAUCCUAACAGUCACAGGCGAGUCUCCCCCCAGCCUCUCUAAAGAGCUGACCAACUCUCUGGCGGGCGUUGGUGACGUCAGCUUCGAUGCCGACUCCCAAUUCCCCCUGGACGAGCUAAAGAUCGACCCUCUCACCCUGGAUGGACUGCACAUGCUCAACGAUCCCGACAUGGUGCUCGCCGAUCCCGCCACUGAGGACACGUUCAGGAUGGACAGGCUGUAGCGUGACCGUUACUUUUGAGCAAAGAGGGGAAAACAAAAACACUAAUGUGAGUGAAGAGAAACAAAGGGCAGGAUGAGCCCUCUCCCUCAUUGCAUGGCCGUCCGGCUGUAUGACUCUUUGAAAGAUGCGCCAUCCAAAAAAAAAAAAAUUAAACAACAGGGAAAAAGUCGUCCAUUGGCUUGCAACUGGAAUGGCCUCGCUGUUGUUUUGAAUAAGAUUGGUUGCUCGGCGCUUUUGCUAGCCUACUCUUGUUUACAGCGCUUUAUUACAUGCCACAUAUAUUUAAAAAUGCACAUUACAGCAGUUUUUUUUUUUUCAUAUCCACUUUUGUUUUGCUCAUAGCAGGAAGCUGCUAAGUUACUGGGUAAAAUAAUUGGUUUGGCUAUGUCUAAAAGGAGGGAAAGAACCAACAUAGCCGGUUUACUCACUACCCCUCAAUGAAACGAGUUAUCCUACCAUAGCAUGAUGACUUUCUUUUUGACACUUAAAGCUUUAUUUUUGACAACCAAAUGCUAUUUUCAUCUUUUAUGAAAUGAUUUUAUGUGUAUUUAUGUUUUAUUUAUUUAUUUAUUUGGUCAAAGGUUUGCUAUUUCAUAACUUAAAUUUGAUGCCAAAAUGUAUGUAGGCAGAGUGUAAAAUUCCACUAAUGUAAUUAAUUACAAACAUAUUUGUGAUUUUUCUUUUUUUUUAAGCUUCUACUUGGUUAACAAAGGAGUGCAAAACCUCCCCAUAGUUGCUCUUUUGGUUUUAGGUGUACCACUAUCUAACACUGAUGUGCUGUAGUCCAACAAGCAAAUCCAGAAAUACGUUUUUAGCAUCACUUCAGGUCGACUUUACUAGGAUUACCACCAAAGGCACAAGUGCAACGAAAUUCAUUCUCAACAAGUAAAAAGCCAACGUAUACACUGUAUUGCCAAAAGUAUUUUUGUAGCCAUCUAAAUCAUCGCAUUCAGUUGUUCUAAUCACUUCCGUGGCCACAGAUAUAUAAAAUCCAGGGCCUAGGCAUGCAGGCUGCUUCUGCAGACCUCUGUGAAAGAAUGGGUUGCUCUCAAGAGCUCAGUGAAUACCGGAGUGGUACUGUGAUAGGAUAUCACCUGCACAGUAAGUCUAGCUGUGGCAUUUCCUCACCACUAAAUAUUCCACAGUCAACUGUUCGUGGAAGCAACUCAGACAGACGUGGUGGGCCACAAACGUUCGGCAUGGUAAAGGCUAUAGAUCCCCAAACUUCAUGUUGCCUUCAGAUUAACUCCAUAAUGGUGCGUAGAGAGCUUCAUGGAAUGGGUUUCCAUGGCUGAGCAGCUGCAUCCAAGCCUUAUGUCACCAAGUGUAAUGCGUAGUGUCAGAAGCAGCGGUGUAAAGCAUGCCUCCACUGGGGACAGCACAAAGCAAGGUCCAUAAAGACGUGGAUUAGCAGUUUUGGUGUGGAAGAACAUGGCUGGCCGACACAGGGUUCUGACCUCAACCUUUAUGAUGAAUUGGAGUGGAGGCUGUGGAUCAGACCUUUUCAUCCAACAACGGUAUCUUCAUAAAGGGACUUCUGGAGGAAUGUUCAAAGAACCUCGUGGAAAGCCUUCGCAGAAGAGUUCAAGCUGUUCUAGGCAGGCUGACAUAUUGACCCAUAUUGGCCAUGUGAAUUAACGAUGGGAUGUCACUCAGGUUUAUGUGUGCAUCUCUGGGGCAGAUGAGGAAUACUUCUGGCAAUAUAGUGUAUAUUUGCAUAUAUUUAAGCUGAAGGGUUCACUUGUAAAAGAACACAUUUGCUUUCUAACCAGAGAAAAUUAAAAUCUCAAUAUUUUUCCGUCACUGUGAAAUCACCUGAUUUUGCCUUACAGUAACAUUCUACUGUUCUACUUCAGUGUUUUAUGUGACAGCAUAUUUUCCUAACUUAAUAUGACCUUUUCUUGUAUUUGAGACAAACUUUGGUCAGUGGUCCUUGUGGUUAUGUAAAGUUUAACAAAUCGAUGUACUGUAUUUUUUUGUAGCUGUACACUUUAUAACCAAAUUGUCUUUUGUCUGUUUUUUUUAUUAGCGGGGCUAAAACAAAACAGGAAAAAACCGAUGUCAAAGAAGUGAUUCAAUGAGUGCAAUUAUGGGGAGGCUUUUUGCUCCUUUACAGGGGGUCUCUUACAAAAACGCAGCUGAAGAUAGAUUCAAAGAGAUGAUUCACAAGUCAAGUGAAGUGUUGUUUCAAGAUGCAACCUUAGAUUUUAUGAACAUUUAUUGUCGAAUGUUUAUAUCCUCUGUUUAGACGAGGUGCAUAAAAGCUAGCUAAAGAUCUCUUUAAGAAAGUGUAAUUCUGUAAAAUGUGCAAUGUUUCAAAAACACUCAUCUGCCUUGUUUAUUCAGCUUCAAAAACAACCAUUUCACGAAUCCUUCAAGCCAAAACUGUUCACAUUGUCGUCCACAAUGAGUUCAGAUCUUUGUUGCCAAAAUGUUUCCAGUUGCACUGCUGACGCUCACAAUGGUACCUUCACAUUCAGUGCCAGUGGGUCCGCCUCAGCCUUUUUGUCAGAGGUUCCCUGAAAGGCUUCUGUAGAUUUUGGGGAUCAUGCUCCGCUGCAAAUGUAUUCAGAUUUUUACUGACUGUCUAAACACCCGAGAUGGGAAUUACAGUUGGACAGGUGGUGUGGUUUUAAGCGUUCGUUGAGUCUUGUAAAAAGCUCCAUCAGUGGUUUUGUUUGCCUUGAACGCACCCUGACUCCUAUGCAAAUGAGAUGACGUUUAAUAAAAACAAACUAUGGAACUUAAAGGAAAAAUCCAACUUUUUCCACAUGCUCAGCUGGAUUUAUUCUUCUGAGAGUUAAUCAUGGAGGUGUUUUUGCUGAUUAUACAUGCAUGGACCUCCUUUGAAAGACAUGUCAUUACUGGCUGCUUUUUUUUUUUAUAGAGGCUUUCACCGAAAACUUUAUUUGGUCCAAUUUUAGCUAAAAAUCGAAUGGUUGUACUUUAUAAAAUAUGGCGAAAAAACAUUCAUUUAGAUGCCGGAGCACAGGACAGGAGUGUUUUGGUGGCGGUAUGACAAUCAAGAACUAAAAUUGUAUUUUGAAUUGUUGGCUAAAGUAAAAGAUUUCUAUGCUGAAGCAUAAAUCCAGCUUUAAAUGGAUGCUUGAUGUUGCCUUCUUUAUUUUCUAAAUGCUUAUUGCAUUGCUGCAAAUUCCUUUUUUUUUUUGUGGACAAUAGGGCUGCUCAAAUGAUUAUAUCAAUAUGAGUCUGAAAACACUGCAUUUGUUGCAAAAGAUUUAGCUUCAGUUUCCCUUUUAUUCUUUUUCUGAAUUUUAUGUUUUCCAUCAUAGUCUAUCCUUUUUCACCUAAAACGGUUGAUAGAAAAGUAUCCCAUAUUUCAGAAAUGUCUUAAAUCUUAGCGAGGAGAACAGCUAAUCGUGACCAACCACCGAUGCACAGGCAGCUGCAGCGACCGAUAUGGUCUCUGUCAUGUUCUCUGAUUGGGAACAUCGGUGUAGUUUUACAGUGGAUUGCUUCAUCUGCGUCUUCUGCUGUCAGAGAAAGCGGAACGUAAUAAGAAUAAUCUUUUGUGUCGAUGUCAUGUUUUUUGUCAUCUUUCGAAGCCCAAAUUGAAAUGCUAAUUUGGUUAAUUGCACAUCCCCAGGGGAUAGACCGCUUCUCUCUGUUCAGGAAGCUGAUAUCCAAAUUUAGCCACCAGUGGUUGUUUAAGAUUGGUGACUGACUCUAUAAAUGAUGUUGGAUUUUUUCUUUAAGCCCAAACAAUGUGUGCAGAUGUCUUGUUUCCAAAGGUUUCCGAACAUAAGACUUUGCUGUUGUGAUGCAAGUGAUUGGAGCCGCCCCUCCCCCAUCCCUCAUCCUGCUGAAGUCAUUCAAAUGGACUCUGUACAUAAAGCUGCAUGACUAAACCGACGGUCCAGACCUCUAAACGAAGGCCUUCUAUAGCUCUGCAGGUUUGAUUUGUGUAACAUAACGCUA